UGUAGAUCGAGAAGGAGGGCGGGCGGGUGCCCAGGUCGGCCUUAGCAACUUGCCUGAGGUCGAGAAGUCCAGUGAGGGACAUUUUCUCCCGCCCACGACCCUCCUCUGUCAGGGAACAGGAGAAUGCGCGGAGCCGGGCAGGGCGGCCUGGCCGGGCAUCGAGUCUGGCCUGGAGCUGCGGCAUUCGAGGGGGGCGGGGGGUUCCCAGCUCAGGAAGCCAGGACAGCAGUCACACAGCGGCCAAGAGAGGCGCUCAGCAGCUUCUCCAUCCUCCUCCCACGGCGCCGAUGCCCACACCCACGGGCGCCCCGCCCCUCGGCCUUAUAGAGGGGCCCGGCACCUCGGCGCGCUCGGAGCUAGAGGCUUCCCAGAGCCGACGGCGCGGCUGCCGGCGAGGCCCGAGAGCCCAGGGCCGCCGCGAAGCGAGGCGGCGGCUGCGCCCCGCACCAUGGAGGGCAGCCCAGCCCCAGCCGCAGCCCCAGCCCGGGUCGCCACCGACCUGCGCCGCCGCCCGCGCCCCGUCUGCCAGCUCCCGCUGCUGCUCCCCGGGCGCCGUCCCCUCCUCACCUGGAAGCCAACAUGAAGGAGACCCGGGGCCACGGGAGCGCCCCUUUCUGCACCCAUCUCAACCACUCCUACCCGGGCAUGUGGGCGCCCGAGGGCUCCGCCGAGGCGCAGGACAACCUCACGCGCCCCCCGGGGCCCGGAGAGGAUUGCAGCUCCGUGUCCGUCGUCUUCCCCAUCACCAUGAUGAUCACCGGCUUCGUGGGCAACGCACUGGCCAUGCUGCUCGUGUCGCGGAGCUACCGGCGCCGGGAGAGCAAGCGCAAAAAGUCCUUCCUGCUGUGCAUCGGCUGGCUCGCGCUCACCGACCUGGUCGGGCAGCUGCUCACCAGCCCAGUGGUCAUCGUCGUGUACCUGUCCCAGCAGCGCUGGGAGCACCUCGACCCGUCGGGGAGGCUGUGCACCUUCUUCGGGCUGACCAUGACUGUCUUUGGGCUCUCCUCGCUCUUCAUCGCCAGCGCCAUGGCCGUCGAGCGGGCGCUGGCCAUCCGGGCGCCUCACUGGUACGCGAGCCACAUGAAGACGCGCGCCACCCGCGCCGUGCUGCUCGGCGUGUGGCUGGCCGUGCUCGCCUUCGCCCUGCUGCCAGUGCUGGGCGUGGGUCAGUACACCGUCCAGUGGCCCGGGACGUGGUGCUUCAUUAGCACUGGGGGCGGGGGCAACGGGACUAGUUAUCCACACAACUGGGGCAACCUUUUCUUUGCCUCCACCUUUGCCUUCCUGGGGCUUUCGGCGCUGGCGGUCACCUUCGCCUGCAACCUGGCCACCAUUAAGGCCCUGGUGUCCCGCUGCAGAGCCAAGGCCACGGCGUCGCAAUCCAGCGCCCAGUGGGGCCGGAUCACGACCGAGACGGCCAUCCAGCUCAUGGGGAUCAUGUGCGUGCUGUCUGUCUGCUGGUCGCCACUGCUGAUUAUGAUGUUGAAAAUGAUCUUCAAUCAGACAUCAGUUGAGCACUGCAAGAUGCACACAGAGAAGCAGAAAGAAUGCAACUUCUUCUUAAUAGCUGUUCGCCUGGCGUCACUGAACCAGAUCUUGGAUCCCUGGGUUUAUCUGCUGCUAAGAAAGAUCCUUCUUCGAAAGUUUUGCCAGAUUCUCAAGAGAGGAAGUCUCUGCCUCGUUCAUUGUUCCUUGACUGGCAGGUCAGAUCAGUGGCUAGCCUACCGCUCCGGUUUGCAUACCUUGUCCAAUCAGGUAGCCUGGUGUGUGCAGAAGCCUUGUCCAAGGAUCCAGCAAGGGUUGUGUGCAGAGGAAUCUCCCUUACAAGAGUCUACAGAUCAGGCACCACACAAACAACUAUGCAUCCAGCUCCACCUCCCUCCCCCACCAGGGCUCCUCAACCUUGAUGUCCAGGGACCAUUUGGAAAGAUAAUGAAAGAACGGAGUUGGACUUUCUAUUGCAAUUCCUGCCUCCCUGAGUUUGUGUAUUUCUUCCCACCUGAGAAGGAGAAUUUUAUAUUUCCAUUUGGAUUGUUUCUUUAUUUUCAUCUUUUUUCAUUUCAAUGUUUUUUCUUGUCAGUAAUACUCACUGAGACCAGGUUUUUUAUUAUAAUCCAUGCCUCUGCGUGUUAAAUUGGCUUCUUGGACUGGAUUUUGAGACCGUACUUAAGAGUUGGGCAGGAUUUCACACAAGAUGCUUGGUCGAAAAAGUGAGAGAAAGAAAAACUCACCUUCCAGGAGUUUUCCCCCAACUUCAAACCUUUCCCUGAAUCUCAACUGAUGUGGACAUCUUUACAUUUAAUGGUAGUUUUGAUUUUACAACACAAGUUUGAAAAAUCAGUAUAAGUUUUUGACAGUGAAAAGUCAACAUAUUGAGAGCAAGCAUUCAGUUAAUAGGGCAUAAACUGAAUGAGAUGGGAAAGGGUGCCAGAGGCAGGCAGGAGAGCACCAGGACAAAGGGCAUUUAUACAAAACAUGUGAUUAAUGUUUUGGAGAUGUCGUGUCCCUCUGGCAUAAGCUUGAAACUAAAAGUCUCUUAAGUGUCCGUGCUGGUUAUGUGUCAUUUAGUAACUCAGAAAUCAGCCUAAUUGUUAUUUCUUUGUCUUUGAAGACUGAAAGGAGCGAUGCAGCUAAGGGCUCUCUUAAAGUGUCAUAGAGAACAAUAACGAGGCUAGAGGAUUAACUGGUGAGUUAGAGCCAAAAAAAAAAAAAAAAUCCAGGCACAGCCUUCUGAUCUACCACUGUUAAUUCAGGGCUUAUUAAAAUGUCUUUGCAGGCAACAUACAGAAAGGCAAAAUUAAUAAGUGCCAUAGUUACCAAAUAUUAAAUUUUGUUACUUUUUUAUGAAAUAAAGGGAUCUAUUUUGUCUGAA